UUAAACUUUUCAAUCCCUUUCCUUUUUCUUCCUUUUCAUGGUAUAUAUAUCCAAUCCAAGCAAUUUGGUGAAAGCAAUAAAAUUCUCUACUUUGUAAACAUCACAGUUCCAAAGAGUGAGGAGAAAUGGCAACUACGGCAUUUGUAGAAUUCAGUGUUGUUGUUCGUCCUCAAUCAAAUUUCGUAAAUACUUCAUACUUGCAGCAGCUUCAUAGUCAUCGUCCCUUCUUAUCCCUAAGCAUUCCCAAAUCAACUGCUGCUCUCUCAUUCACUCAAUCUCAAGGGUUUGGAUGUGCAAUUGAGAGACAACAAUGUGACCGUGGGGAUUUUGUUCAAAUAUCGGCUGUUCGGGAGUUGGCUGGUUCUCUUAUUUCUGCUCAGGGACAUCGGUUUGCUAUUGUGGUAGCACGUUUUAAUGAUCUGAUCACAAAGAAACUUUUGGAGGGAGCUUUGAACACAUUCAAGAGUUACUCAGUUAGAGAAGAAGACAUUGAUGUUGUGUGGGUUCCUGGUAGUUUUGAAAUAGGUGUUGCCGCGCAGCAACUUGGCAAGUCAAGAAAGUAUCAAUCAAUAUUGUGUAUCGGUGCUGUGAUUAGAGGUGAUACCUCCCAUUAUGAUGCCGUGGUCAAUGCUGCCACGUCUGGAGUACUUUCAGCAGGUUUAAAUUCAGGUACUCCUUGCAUAUUUGGUGUCCUGACAUGUGAUACCUUGGAACAGGCUUUCGACCGUGUUGGUGGGAAGGCUGGGAAUAAAGGUGCUGAAGCAGCAUUGACAGCCAUUGAGAUGGCAUCUUUGUUUGAGCACCAUCUGAAACCAUUACAGUAGGGAAAAUACCUUUUUCUUUUUUUU